GAAAUUAAUUUUCGCCUGCCGAUGAACACGUGAAGAUGUUUUCCAAUCGAAUUUAAGGAAUGUGCCGCAUGAUCUUUAGUUAGUUUUUAGUUAUAUUUUGGACAAGAAAGCCAGCUUACUUCGAGUUCAAUCAUCUAAAGUGUCUUCCCGAAAUGUAGCUUGUUCCUACGACUGAAUCAAGAUGUCUCUUCGUACGAUGCAGCUUCAGGACUUAAACCCUCACAUUAUGUGCGUGUUAUGCGGUGGAUACUUAGUGGAUGCUACAACCAUUGUCGAGUGUCUGCAUUCGUUUUGUCGCAGCUGUAUCGUUAAAUAUCUCCAGACAUCAUAUCACUGUCCUGUUUGUGAUGUUGAAGUCCACAAAACUAAACCGCUUCUUCAUAUUCGACCUGAUAGAACUUUACAAGACAUCGUUUACAAGAUCGUACCUGGUAUUUAUCAUGAGGAGGUUAAUAGGCGUAAAGAGUUUGAAGCGAGUCAAACAGACAAGAAUGAAUCAGCUACUGACGAGACAGCAACGUCAAAUGACCAAGAAAAAGAAAAUCUUCCUUUCGAAGAUCCUGUCUGUAUAACUCUUGAAUAUUUCAGGAAAACAAGGAACCGGAUGGAAAAGGAGGUCUUCCCAACGCGUUAUCUGCGUUGUUCUUCGGAAGUGACUGUAAAAGUUCUGAAGAAAUUUCUGGUCAUGAAGUUUGCUAUUCCUGAAACACACAUAACUGAGAUCAUUCGUUCCGAUGAAAUCUUAGAUGGUCACCUGACUAUGAAAGAAGUGUGCAGGAUAUAUGGCCUGUAUUCCAAGCCGUUUGUAGAUCUACAGUUUGUUUUCCUCGAGAAAAAUGAUUCAGGGGCUGUGUCUGAGGAAAAGCCAAAGAUUCUGGAAGUAAAAAGAAAGAAAAUUAAAAAACGGAAGGGAAACAAAGCUCUCCUGAAGAAAUGCUUGGACUCCAACUCGCCUGGCCAAUUCAAAAAGAAAUUCGGAAAGAAGAAAAAAUCUUCUUCAUAUCAACCAUGUGAGGUUGGAGGAAAAGUCAACAUGGAGCCCAGUGAACCUCAGUCAUUUGAAAACGAAAAGAAAGAGAACCUGGGACCCUCUUCCAAUCUGCUGUGCUCAAAUGUUAAUAAAGGAGGAUUGGAGUCUCCUCAAGGACUUGCUUGUGAUGACGUUGAAAAUCUUCGUGAUCCUAAUGUUAAGGAGUCUAGCCUUUGUUUUCAACCUCAAGCUAACGGAAGUAGCGUUAGCGAAAGUAAGCUGAUUGUUUACUCUCAAGGAAGCGCGAACUUUAAUCAGAACGAAACAUCUGCUGCAGACCAAAGUACUGUUAAUAGACUUGAACAUGAUGUAACGGACACGUCGGUAAGUUCCGAUAUGAAAAUCGCUGAUAGUUCGUCGAUUUUAUCACCAAACUCUCAGUCACGUGGAGAGCUUUUCCUGCCAACGACGAACACGGGUUCUGUGGAUGAGCCUUCAGUCACUUUGGAUGCGAAUGAUUUGGCGUUUGCGCAAUUGGAUGGAAACUUGAAAGGAAAAGAAGUGGAAUCCUCUGUAUUGAACCAAACUAAUGACGAUUUCAUGAAUCACCGUUCUACUGAGUUGGAGUCUCCUAACAUGCUUCGUGGGCUUGGGUUAAUGUUGGAAACCCUGUAGCAUAAACUCGUGAAAUUCCUUUUCAUAAAGGAAGAAGAGUGGUUGUGUGGUACGACGUGGCAAGUGUGAAGUUGAAUAAAACUGGAUAUUUCUCCUGAGA